GAAAGCACACAUAACGGCAAUGUUUGACGAUUUCAUUGAUUUUUUAAAGAAAUCACCGUCCGAUCCUGUGCGAAUGCCACUUUUGAGCAGUCAUGGACCCAUCCUGAUGAUCUUGGGCAGCUAUUUGCUUUUCAUAAAGGUCGUUGGACCAAAGAUCAUGGAAAAACGAAAGGCAUUUGAUCUGCGCGGAUUAAUAAAGGCCUACAACAUAAUGCAGAUCCUGUACAACGGAGUUUUGUUUGUUUUCGCAAUCCAUUUUAUGCUCGGUCCUGGCGCGUUUAACUUUAAAUGCAUCACCAAUUUGCCACCGAACCAUGAGUACAAAACCUGGGAACGCCGGCUGUCCUACGCGUAUUUCUUUAAUAAGCUGUUGGAUCUGAUGGAAACGGUAUUCUUCGUCCUGCGGAAGAGGGAUCGCCAGAUAUCCUUCCUGCACGUCUUCCAUCACAUGUACGUGCCGUACUUCAGCUUCAUCUAUUUCUACUACUACGGAUAUGGAGGACACGGCUUCUUCAUGUGCUUCUUCAACGUAGUAGUGCACACAAUGAUGUACACGUACUACUACCAAUCCUCGCUGAAUCGGAACUCAAAGAAGGAUCUCUGGUGGAAGAAGUACAUCACCAUUGCUCAGCUCGUUCAGUUCGGGAUUCUUUUGACGCACAGUAUUUAUUCGCUGCGACAACCAGACUGUCCAUCCGUCCGAUUUUCAGCUACUUGCACGGGAUUCAUUUCCGUCGUAUUUAUUAUUUUGUUCAGCAACUUUUACUAUCAUGCCUAUAUUCGGCCCAAAAAGAACGACCAGAAGAUGCCUUAAAUACAACUUAGCAGUGAAGUAAUGAGAUCUUCAUAGAAAUAAAAAAUGAUAGCUUACGAUUUCAAUAAACAACAAUAGUUACAAAAUAACAAUGUUACUUAUGACUUUCUUAUUGACCAGCCCAAAAAC